CCCAGCAGCAUCAUCAUCAUCAUCACACGUCUCAAUUCCCUAUCCACCACCCACCAUGAGCGCCAAACACCACCUACACGUUGCAAGCCAGAUUCCGCGACACAUGCACCCCAGCCAGGUCAUUGCCGCGCUGCACAACCACGAAACAGCCCUCACCCUGCAAGCCCUGACUUGCGGGCACGAGAAGGCGGCGUCGACAGCCUCGGAAACGCUCAAAGACACAUACUGGUACCCCCCCGACCAGUACCCCAUUACCACCUACAACGUCACCGAAUGCAUCACCUGGUGCCCGGGCAUCGGCGAGUACGGCAAAAAAUACAUCAAGUUCCCGAGCUGUUUCCAGGACACGCGCCACGGCAUCAAGACACGAGCGGAUGCUGCUGCGGGCGUGACGGUGCGCGCCGAGUUCCGCGUUGUGGCCAGCGGCGAGGCGGGCAGCGAGGUCGUCGGCGAGGGCAUGGGCGUCGGCGACGCCCCGUGGGUGCUCGUCGAAGACGUCGAGGUCGCUUGCUCGUGGUUGCUGAUGCCGUUUGUCAAGGGCAAAAUGGAAGAGGCGCACCGCGAUGUAUGUCGCAAAGUGAUUGAGCGAGUGGAGCAGCAAAUGAAGGCGCUGAGUAUGCCCGGUGUUGGCAGCGCAGCGUUCGAAGCCAUCAAGAGACAGGACAGCAAGGCCGACAGCAUCGAGAACAUCAACACGGGAUUUGCCCAGGAGACAAGAGAGCACUAUGCUAAGCCCCGAUCUCAGGCCCAUCAGCCUGUUGCUCGGCCCGCAGUGCCAGUACUAGCAGAAAUCGAGGCCGUCGACUCGCAACGCACAGAAAUGCCUGCUACCCCGUUGCCCGACAAAAUCACCUACCGAUGAUACAGGGACAGCAAAACGAAAAAAAAAACUCAAAAGAAUGCAAACAGAAACAGAAAUAAUAUGUAAUGAUCUCAUAGACGGAUGAAUAAACACAACCACUUUUCUACACCAACAUCAUAUCAGACCUCGAUCUUUUCUUUUCUUUUUUUCUAGAAUAACUUUAACUGCAUAAUGAC